GAGCUCGAGAGAGAGCGGAGAAGAGAGAAAGAGAGAGAGAAGGAACAGGCAAUUACACCCAGCCCCUCUCCAACAGCCCCAUUCCUCGCCUCCUUCAGGCCGAGCGGAGCAGCAGCACGAGCAAUAGGAUUUAACUGAGGAUAACGCGCAUCAAUAGGAUCUGAGAUUUCUCGGGGAUUGGUCACCAAAGACGGAGGGGGAAAAAAGGAUACAGUGUCGCAAAGAAAUAGUUGUCAUUACAGAGACAAGAGAGGGGAACAAGUCAAUCGGAAUCCGACAGAUUCCGCGGCUCUUUACAACUACAGGACGCCUCCGGUUCUCACCUGUGCGUCGUGCAUGUCCUCUCUCCGGGGAUAAAAGUGCGUAAAUUUUUUUUUACCGUUUUUACGCACGGUGACACGCCGAGCUGGAGAGACGCGGAUACGGUCUUGGACGCACGAUGCUGAUCGGUACGUCGGCCCAGGGCAGCCCCCUCCUGGCUUCCCUCCCCGUCCCAGGACGGCCUCUACAGCCUCAGCUCGACCUCAAACACCUCCUGCCCUUCAGACUCAAUGGAUCCUCCCCUCUCAGCCUCUUCCCUAACUUUAACACGAUGGACCCUGUCCAGAAGGCAGUGAUCAACCACACAUUUGGAGUCCCGCAGCCCCUCAAGAAGAAACAGAUUAUCUCCUGCAACAUUUGCCACCUGCGCUUUAACUCAACGAACCAAGCAGAGGCCCACUAUAAGGGCCACAAGCACGCCCGGAAGCUCAAAGCCAUGGAGGCCCAGAAGAACAGGCAGCGACGAGCUGGGGAGGCCUCGUCCUCAGGAAGGGAGAGAGACAGAGACAGAGACAGAGACCGGGAACGAGAUCGGGACAGGAGCAAGACAUCUACAUCUGAGGCAGCUCUUCCCGCGCUCAUGGAUACAAGCUUAGUGGAGGGAACAAGUCUUCAGUCUGACCUAGAACCAGCCAACCUGGAAGCCAAGCUUGAGGAGAGUCCCAGGAGCUCAGUUAUGUUGACGCCAGUAUCCGAGGUUUCUUCCAUGGAGCUGGUCACCCUUUCCCCUCCUCAGAUUUCACCUUCCUCACAGCACUCAGAGACUGCCUCAGACACCAGCGCCCCUGAAGUCCCAGAGGCUAUCGAGGCUGCGGGCCCAACCACUGAGCCCGGCAGCCAUGCAGACGCAUCCAGCAUCAAAGAGGAGUCUCGUACAGAUGAGGACAAAGACCCCAAGAAGAGCAAGGCUCACCUCCAUUGUCCUGUCUGUAAAGUCACAGUCAACUCCAUCUCCCAACUGGAAGCACAUAACAGCGGCACAAAGCACAAACUGAUGCUGGAAGGUCACAGUGUUCUGCCUCGGCGCAGGGGGAAGGUGGUGGCAGCUCGCGCCGGCUGCAAGAGCAAGAGGCUGGCUAGCAAAGGCAGCGUCGGCGUGCCCAGCAAGAACUUUCAGUGUGAAGUGUGUGAGAUCUUUGUGAACUCUGAGACCCAGCUCAGCCAGCACAUGAAUAGCAGAAGGCACAAGGAUAGGCUGGCUGGAAAACCACCCAAACCCAAAUUUACCCCCCACAGCAAGAGCCAGCCAAGCACCAGCUUAGCGAACGUGAGAUGGAGUGGCUAUGCAGGCGUGGCUGUGUCUGCCAUGAAGAAAGCGUUCAGCCAGUACAAUCUCACCUCCCUCUCCUCGCAGACCAAACUGGCCUUGCAGAAGCAGCUGACCAAGAGCUUGACAACUGGUUUCCUGCCCAGCCCCCUCACCCAGCCAACUCUGUGCACAGUGGCGACUAACCCGCUGGCUCUACGCCACCCAGUGGGCACCACCACCUUCAUCCAGACCCCCUUCCUGGGCCCUGCACUGUUUCGGCCCGCCCCGGGGCCGCUGCGGGCCACACACACACCCAUCAUCUUCUCCCCCUACUAAAGACUUGACCCACUUCCCAUCUGAGCUCCACCCUUGUCCCUUUACCAAACCCCAGGCCCUCCUUUAGUGUGACCCACAUGACAAAGGCCACACGCAAACUAUGCAGCCCGCCUGACUUACAAUGGAAAGAGUGCACAAGUCCUGACGCUCAGGAGGCCAUCAGGCCUGAGAGCUGUUCCUAUCAUAAAGGCCAAGGUCCCCCAUCAUGCCUUCUUUCUGCUCCUCUUAUCAUGACCUAAGGAGCAGGACAGGCCUCCAGACAGUGACUGGUGCACAGAGGCCGCUUUUAUAGCCAUUUCAUGGGUCAACAUGGUUUGGAUUAUGGAUAUUAUUGUGUAAUUUAUUAGAGAACAAAUAUAGACAAGUCUAGAUGUAUGUUUAGUGUGGUUGCCACAAAAUAAGGUCCCUUUACUUGAUGCUCUUUUAAAACAUUUUUAACUUAUUGGUUUGGGGGUUUGAUGAAAGGUGGGAGGAUCAUAGGUCAUUAACGCAGCUGAACCCGAGGCACCCUCCUGUACGGCUGGACAAGCCACUCGCAUUGAUCAGUGUUGUCAACUAACAAGCUCAAAGGAUCGUCUGAGAGCAGUUGCUGUCACAUUUCAUCUUGGAUAUGGCAAUUGGCAAACAGUCCUCACUGUGGGUGGUAUGUGAAGCUAUAACUACAUAAUGUAUUUCCACAUAUUAAAACCCAGUUAGAACCAUUUUUGCAUCUCCAGCUGUUUCUCCGGGCCCUUAACUCAUACAAAUGAAAACUUCUUUCUUCUUUCUGAGUCACAGCCACAGUCAUAGCCCUCCAGAUUUCUUUUCCUUUCCUUUAUCCCCAGGAUUAAGCACUCAUUAAGGUCCAGAAAAGGUCAGCUUGUCAACUUGACUUUGUUUCAAUUUGCAAAUCUGUCUUCUGGAAUGAUUUUUUUUUUGUUCCUCUCCAGUGCAUCAUUCGUGCAACACAGCUUGAUUAUAUUCUCACCAAGCUAGUGGCAUGAAAACAUUUUUUCAGCUAUGGAUGUCUUACAUUGCAAAAUGCCAUUAUUCCUUUCCACUUGUGACUGCUCUUUUUCUUUUCCUUCACCCUGCCGUCACCUCGCUGUUGCCCUUGAUUUUCUGCAGCAUGAUCUCAGCAUGAGAUGAUGAUGAGGAGGAGGAGCGGGGAAAAGCCUCCCGCCCAACAAACGCACACGCAACCGCGCACACGAUGAAAACAGAAUGGAUAACUUCAAGACCUGAUGGAAUUUCAGAGCUCAGUGAAGAGUUUGGAUGACAGUGGGAGGGGAGGCUGCUCAGCCACUUUUUGAUUGACAUCCUGUUGCGGUGUCGGCGCACAGCGUGGGAGGGAACAAAGCACAGUGCCAUGGCAACCACAUUAAAAGCACCUUAAAACUGAUUUACUUACAAAAGCAAUGUGUUGAUAGUCACCUUUGUUUUGCCCUAGGUGUAUGUUUUUACAAUCCCAUGUCGGUUUUAUUUGAAAGGAAAAAAAAAACAAUCAGGUGAGAAUGAUCACAUUAUGGUUUAUCCAUAUCAAGACAAGUCUCACAUUUAAAGCAAUACAUUCAGUAUGUUUAUGUUUAUGAUGUGUUUUCAGUGUGUCGAUGGCUUUAUCUAUUCUAUACUGUGCACAUCUGUAACAAUGUAUUAUGUACUCCAACACAGCCAAGGGCCAACACUGAAUUGUCAGUGAAGAGUCAUUUGAAAUGAGGGGCUGUCCUGACGGUGCUGCCCUCGAUGCUUGACGCUCACAGUCCGUCUCCACAUGUUGUGACUCCGGACUGAGCCGUUUCCAUUUAUAGCUGCUCUCGCGCUGUGGAGAGGGUGCUUCAGCGCCAUAUGACAUUGCUGUUUCACUUUUCAGUGGAGCAGGGGAACUUUUGUAUGACUUCCACUGAGCAAAACAAUGUUAAGUCAGAGACAAGUGUUUGGGAUAAGUGUCACAAGUGCAACAUCAACUGUCAUAUUGCUGUCCAUGUGCUGUCCCCUUCUCUCACCACCCAGGAUAUCUACUGACACUCAGCCCUCCCUCUGCCGACAUGAACUGUCGGCAAGGUCUCAUAAGGACUGGGAGCGUACACACCUCAUCCUUCCUUCAACACUCAUACCAAAUCACGUACUCUUAAAUUACAGUAAUGGAGCAAAUCCUAUGCAUUUCUCAUUGUGCAAUAUGUAUAGUUGUCUGUGAUGCAGCAGUGCCAUCUGUCGUAAGAACCCUGUAAUUGCCAUCCAGUACUAGUGCUUCUACAAAACCUUUGAUCCUAUGUACAUUUCUGUUUAAGGACCCCCAAGUCUUUCUGGGUAAGCGAGGCCAUACUGAUGUGAUUCUCCCCAGUCGCACUACUCAGUGAACCAGCCAGCCUUUAAUCUUCACUGUUUGUUUGUUUCUAUCGCUCAGUGGGAACUCUGACCUAAAGAACUGAAACUUUCUUAAAAUAAAGAAUCUAGAGAAGGCAAAUUAUAUGUAGAAAUCAUAGAGUAACUAUAGAGAUUUUAUCAGAGUUGUUAUCUGUAUCACAAUGAACUGCUAUCAUAGAAGAGAGUAGAUUAUGUUAUCGUAGGCUCUGUGCGGCAUACAGGGACAGGAAAAACGCUUUGCUUUCUUUUGUUCUUUGUUUAUUUACCAACAUGUUUUUUUAAGUACAAGAGAAAAUAUUUAAAAUUAUCCUUUUUUUGUUUGAGUGAGCUUUUUUUUUUCUCCUUGUGGACGGUGACUGAAUUAAUAAUGUAAUUCAAGGCCUUUUUAGACAAUAUCCUAAAGUCACAUUAGCCAGGCCUUCUCAGGGGUGACAGGUUGAGCAAAUGCUAACAUGACCAUCCAUUCAGGGUAUCCCUCCAUAGCUCUAGAGAGCAGGAAACACUGUACACAUGGAUGGAUUGACAAAAAAAACUUACAGUGCUGUACCAUAGAGAGGACAAGGGAUGGAUUUUGGAAAAUAAAGCUUUUAGAACUUGUAAGAAAUGGUUUUAAUGAUUAUGUGAAUGUGUGUGUGUGUGUGUGUGUGUGCUUUUCCUGCGUCAUCAUGGGUAAAAAACAGCAACAUCUCAGACUGACUCAGAUUGAUUUUCGAGCAGCAACAAUAUGUGUGUGGGUGUGUGAAGAAAGGGAGAAAAAAAUGACAGAAAACUCAGGCAGAUGAUUGCUAAUGAAUAAACAGUGGCAACAUGAAUGCUCAGAUUUGCGAAAAUGCUCAAAAUUGCACUUUCUUUGAUUAAAUUAUGUUGCAGAGAAAAGAAAGAAAACAUCACUGUUUUAAAAUUCGAUUUAUUAAUCCGUUUGUAAACAAAAUGAAUAAAAAUAA